AGAUGUCGCGCUUGUUCCCUUUCCUGUCUGUGCUGUGCAUUCCAUCUUUUAUACAGCUUGGAGACGCGCAAGUUUAUUCUAUUAAAUAUUUAUUGAAAAUUUCAUUAUAAACCAAGGAGGACUUGAAUCGAAAAUUACAAAUCUUCUGAAUGACAAUGGCGUACAGAGAUCGCGAUCGUGGUGUCGACAGAAGAGGUGGAACCGGUGGAGGACGUGGCGGUAGUCGUGGAAUGGGUGGAAGUCGUGGGGGAAGAGGAGGAAGCCGAGGAGGAGGUGAUGGGGGCAGCAGUGGAAGAUUUGGAAAUCGCGAUGGUGGUGGUGGCGGCGGUGGUGGUAAUAUUGGAGGAAGUAGAUUUGGCAGUGGUGGAGGAAUGGGAAAUCGCGACAGUGGAUUUGGUAAUAAUAAUUUUAAAAAUCGUCAACCUGGUGAACGUCUACGUAAGCCACGUUGGGAUAUGGGUUCACUGCAACCAUUCAGAAAAGAUUUCUAUCAACCACAUAUGAAUGUCUCCAAUCGAAGUAUGCAUUCCGUUGAUUCCUAUCGUUCAAAUAAGGAGAUCACAGUCAAAGGCAAUAAUAUACCGGGUCCAAAUGUCUACUUUGAAGAGGGUGGCUUUCCCGAUUAUGUUCUAAAUGAAAUUCACCGACAGGGAUUCGGUGAACCGACUGCAAUUCAAGCUCAAGGUUGGCCAAUUGCUCUCUCGGGACGCGAUAUGGUUGGCAUCGCUCAAACCGGCUCUGGCAAAACUCUAGCCUACAUUCUUCCCGCUAUCGUGCACAUUAAUCAUCAGCCGAGGUUGAAUAGAAAUGACGGACCGAUUGCGCUUGUUUUGGCGCCAACGAGAGAACUGGCUCAACAAAUUCAGCAAGUGGCGUCAGAUUUCGGCGCCUCGUCCCAAGUGAGAAACACCUGUAUAUUCGGAGGGGCUCCCAAAGGACCCCAAGCCAGAGAUCUAGAGCGCGGAGUGGAAAUUUGCAUAGCAACACCCGGACGUUUAAUAGACUUUUUAGAGCGAGGGACAACAAAUCUUCGUCGUUGCACGUACCUAGUACUGGACGAAGCAGACAGAAUGCUCGAUAUGGGUUUCGAGCCGCAAAUUAGAAAAAUAAUUGAACAAAUCAGACCCGAUAGGCAAACGCUCAUGUGGUCUGCGACAUGGCCAAAAGAAGUGAGAAAUCUGGCCGAGGAGUUUUUAACCGAAUACAUUCAAAUCAACAUUGGCUCACUGCAAUUGGCGGCAAAUCACAAUAUUCUACAGAUUGUCGAUGUCUGCGAGGAGUAUGAGAAGGAGGGAAAACUAAUGAAACUCCUGGAGGAAAUCUCCAAUGAACCGGAAAACAAGACAAUCAUCUUUGUGGAAACUAAGAGAAAAGUCGAUGAUAUAACGAGGGCUAUUAAUAGGUACGGAUGGCAGGCAAUAGGUAUUCAUGGGGAUAAGAGUCAACAAGAGAGAGAUUACGUUUUAAAUCAAUUCCGAGGUAGCAGGUCUGCUAUUUUAGUAGCAACAGAUGUGGCAGCUCGUGGUUUAGAUGUUGAAGAUGUGAAAUUUGUUAUAAACCUGGACUACCCGUCCAACUCGGAAGACUAUGUUCACCGAAUUGGGAGAACUGGUCGAUCGCAACGUACCGGUACUGCUUAUGCUUUCUUCACGCCGGCAAACGCACACAAGGCUAAUGAUUUGAUUCAAGUACUUGAAGAAGCAAAGCAGGUGGUUAAUCCGAAAUUGUACGAAUUGUCAAGAAAUCCAGGAAUGUACAAACGUGGCAGAUUUAGUGGCGGAAGGUCAAGUGGUGGAGGUAGUCGAGGCGGAAGCAGUCGAGGAGGCAGUAGUCGAGGGGGCACAGGAGGUGGACGAGGAGGAAGCGGUAUGCGAGGAGGCCGAGAUAAUAACGACCGAGGAAGUGGAAGAUUUGACCGUGGAAACGCAGGCGGCGGUGAUCGAGGGAAAUGGGGCGGUGGUGGAAGUUCUGGCGGAAUGGGGGGCGGUGGAUACGGAAACAAAUCCUAUUCGCAAAAUAGUUACGGCGGAAGUGGUAGCGGCAGUGGAGGUUAUAGUCAAAACGGCAGCGGAUAUGGAAAUAGCGGCGGCGGAGGCAGUAGUGGCAAUUACAGGCAACAAAAUGGCUAUUAAAAAAAGAGACCUUGAAAAGAUAAUAUUCUUUUAAAUAUCUAAAAAAAGGAAAUCCGACUAUGGAAUUGAAUUCCAUGUUCGAUGCUUUGCAAUAUAAAGCAUACCAGUUGCCCUAAAUAAUUCUAUAUAACUUUUAAUUGAUAGGUAGAUAAUGGCGGCUGUGUAUAUUCAUUUUUUUUCCAUAUAAACUUUACAAGUAUAAACAUUUUGCUCCAAAUGACGAUACAAAAAAGAAACUUCUUUUCUGCAUAAACUCGGAAAAUUUAAUUUUCGCCCCACAUUCAUUGUUGAAUUUUUCUCCACCCAUUUUUAUUUCGAUAAUGUAAAAAUAAGAUAAAAAUAUCUUCCGGAAGAGACAAUUUAUUUAGAAAGAGUCUAAAUGUAGAACAUUGUACUCUAAAUUUACUCAUCUCAUAAAAUGUGUGAAAAUUA